ACUUCUCGUGCACGCGCAGCGGUGUCGUCUCUCGCCGCCAUGGCUUUCGUCGCGCGCCAGUUCAUCAGGAGCCUCUCAUCUUCUGCAGCUCUACGUGCCGCAGUCAAACAUGUCACUGUCAUCGGGGGCGGGCUGAUGGGGGCCGGCAUCGCACAGGUGGCCGCAUCCACAGGACAUUCAGUGGUGCUGGUGGACACCUCUGAGGACAUACUGAAGAAAUCCGCGAAGGGUAUCGAGUCUAGUCUGAGAAGAGUGGCGAAGAAGAAGUACGCAGAAAAACCUGAGGAUGGAGAGGCGUUCGUUCAGAAAGUCCUGAAGAACGUCUCUAUAAACACAGACGCCGCGUCUGUAGUUCAGGGCACCGAUCUUGUGGUGGAGGCUAUUGUGGAAAACCUCAAAGUCAAGCAAGACUUGUUUGGAGCUCUGGACAAAGUGGCCCCAGAACGCACCAUCUUCGCCAGCAACACGUCCUCGCUGUCCAUCGCAGACAUCGCCAGCUCCACGGCCAGAUUAGAUCGCUUUGGCGGCCUGCAUUUUUUCAACCCCGUCCCAAUGAUGAAGCUGGUGGAGGUGAUUCAAGCUCCGGGAACGAGCCAACAGACGUUUGAUGCUCUCCUCGAGUUCAGCAAAGCUUUAGGGAAGCAUCCGGUCUCAUGCAAAGACACUCCAGGUUUUAUAGUGAAUCGCCUGCUGGUCCCUUAUAUGCUCGAGGCCGUCCGACUACACGAGAGAGGUCACGGUUCUAAGGAAGACAUAGAUGUGGCCAUGAAGCUUGGGGCCGGUUAUCCUAUGGGUCCGUUUGAGCUCUUGGACUACGUUGGAUUGGACACUUCCAAGUUUAUUAUUGACGGUUGGCACGAGAAGGACCCCGAGAACCCCCUGUUCGCCCCCAGUCCCCUGCUCAACAAGCUGGUCGCAGAGGGCAAAUUGGGCAGGAAAACCGGCGAGGGAUUCUACAAACACAAGUGAA